ACUGCACGCACCGCCGCCGCCGUAGUCGUGUGCCGGGGAAUCAGUUUUGGCGGUCCAACGUUGGCGAACACACGGACGAUCACGGUCCACCGUGCGACGUUUCAAACGUGCGCGCGCCAAACGCGUGUUCCUUUUUAAAAAACAGCGGUACAAGGUAGUCGUCGUGGUACACGUGCGCAUAGAGUAUCGGUCGUCGAGCCCGUCGAUGUGAAAUUAUGCUGCUGUCGUUGCCCGACCAGCGUCAUCGCCGCUGCCGCCGCCGCCGCCGCCGCCGCCGUAGUCGUUGUCGCUGUCAUCUCGUCCACGCAGCGCAUCGCCACUUGUUGUCGUCGUCGGCAAUCGCACCGGAUUAGGACGUGCCCAGGGACGACACGUUUCCCAUUCGGAAACCAGCAUGAAAAUUGACUGUGUCAAUUACUCUAUUCGUGCGCACACACUACAAAACUAAGAUAUGAAAAGGAAAAUGUUUGUCAGGAAUACUGCAAUAAUUUCUCUGUCGAUUGCUUUACAGGUUACAAUGUGACUGCCAGCAAUUGUAAUUCAUCGAAAGUUUAAGUAAUGAAUACGAAACUACGAGUACAAGAGAAGGCAGUUUCGACGGACCCAGAGCAAUCGGGCGACCUAGACUACGAAGACUAUUCAGUGCAUCACAUCCUAGCAGCGUUAGUCAAUCGCAAAGUGAUAUCCAUCAAGGCGGAUAUUUGUGAGGCCAAACUCAAAUGGAGGAUACAGCCAAAGUUAUUGGUACAACGACUGGCGGAAAAAAACUCGAAAAACAAACGCAAACUCGGACGCAGAAAGGGUCGAUGCAUGCACUCAUGUCAUAAACACCAUCAUCACAAUCAUCAUCAUCACCAUCAUCAUAGACAUGAUCUGGAUCACAAAUUGUUUCAUCACCAUCAUCACCAUUGCGAUGGGAUCGUUCGACAAGAAGAACAAUCUCAAGUUGAAGAAUUUCCUCAAACUCAAAGACCUGUACCUUAUUUAGGAGGACAUAUACUUACUGCAGCGUUGCAAAGGUCUACUGCCGGGAUGUCGGAAGAUAAUCGAAAUUACAUCGAGACUCAGAAUCCAAAGACCCGAAUAAAAAAGAAAAGUCGAAGAACGAGAUUUGGGGAUGAAAAACAAAACGUAAUGAGACCUCACCCCGUACCCACUAUACAUCCGGAUGAUUUACCUCAAAGAGCUAGAUGGACAAUAAUUAUCACCGCUGGUCUCUUGCUCAUUACUUGCAUGCUGUUAGUCGGUGUGACUCUGAGAAUGGCCCCCGUGAUUGAUGAACUCGUUCGAAAUCAAAACGAAGAGCUGAUGAAUUCAUUAGAUCGUGAAGAAUUCGGCCCAUCAGAAAAUAGUACCGAAGAUAUUAUGUAUAGGUAACGUCUUUCAAUAAACUGAUAUUAUUACAAAACACAUUUAUUAUUAAUAAACAAUUUAACAAAAUUAAAUGUGAUGAUUUUAUGUGUAUUCACAGAAAUGCAUUAGUUAUCUAUAUUAUUUGUAUUAAAUGUGAAACAUGUACUAUAUCUAUAAGUUGUUAUAAAACUGUAAAUAUUGUUACGUAACAGAAAUUAUCGCCCUAAAGUUAAUUUCUGAUUAAUGGCAAUCAUUGAUUUUUCAUUAUUUUUUUUUUUUAUCUCAUAUGUUUGACAUGUCUAGAGGAUAGUUGAUAACGGUUAUUUUACAUAGUUAUAUGGUUUAGACUUUAAUAAAGCCAAAAGAAACAUUAUACAGUAGAACCCGUUUCAGACGCUCUCACUUAAGACGAUUUCCCAACUAAUACGCUCAUUUUUACGAGUCUCUUGAUUUUGACAACAUUUAACAU